UUUUUCUAUGCGUACCAAUUCCUUUGUCGCGUUUAUUGUCCCUACUCUAUUUUUCGAUUUAUUUUCCUUCUCUUUCUUAACGUUACGCUCAAAACCUCCUUGCCAAUUUUCGCUUGCCUGUCGGAAUAAUGUGCAGAUAUGUAAUAUUGCACUGCACAAGAAAAGAGAACUACAGUCGAAUAAGAGCGUGUGAAAAAUAAAACCAUAAUAGAUGGGAAAAAAGAAAAAGAAAAGAAAGGAAAGAUAAGUAAAAAACAAAACAACCAACCAAUUCAUUUAGGAGGAUACAUAUGUAUAUAUAUUGGUACGCAUUUACGAAUAUGAAACACAUUUCUUAGAAUCUGGAUACGUAUCGAGCACCGGGCUGGUAAAAUGAGAUCAGUUCAGAAGCUGUGUAUGAUUGUUUUCAUAUUUAUAACAGUAUCAUUUGUUGCAUUUGUAACAUUGAAAUUUCAAAAACACUGAAGAGAUGGAGAUAGCAUGGAGGAUAUCAUGGCCUCUUGGCAGAAACAGCCGAAUUCCAUUUACAGACCAGGAAUUUAUAGAAAGGAUUAAGCUUAAACUGAUAGGACCCUAUGAUCCUCAGACAAAAUUAAUAAAUGACUUGAAUAUAACAUUCACAACACCAAGCAUCAUUCAAAAUUCUACAGAAAUAUCCUCAAUUCAGGGAGACAUUUUCUCUUUUAAAAAGGAACUUCCAAAGAAUACCAUGAACCUUUCCAAUGAAAUCUCAGUAUUGACUGCAUAUUUCAAUUUAGGAUCCUUUGCAAAAGGCAGUCCUGGACAUCAGUAUACCCCAAAUAUCUAUUACAAAUGGAUGUCUGUAUUUGGCAACUUGACUAACAAUUUAAUUGUUUAUACAGAUGAUAAAAUUGCAUACAAAUAUUUCCAAAAAUUAAGGGAAAAGUUUCCUAAAGAGCGAACCAAAAUAUUUCUGAUAAACAAGAAAGAAUUGUGGUCAUUUCAGAUAGAAAAAAAUAUUUCUCAAAUAUAUAAACAACCUGGUUACCCAAAAUAUCUUCCCAAUACUGUUGUGCCUGGGUAUUCUUGUGCCAUGCAUGCAAAAUUUGAACUUCUUAAUCGGGUUAUAAGAAAGAACUAUUUUCAUACUAAAUACUUUAUGUGGUUAGAUAUUGGACUUUUUCGAAGUCUCCGUAAUGAUUCUAAAUUUAAAUUGAGAGUACCUACAGAUUUUAAUGAAGCUAAAGUUGCUUACAGCUAUGUAUAUGAUUUUAAAAAGGAUGUAACAUAUAAAGACAUUAUUUAUCACAACAUGGUGUGGGUAGGAGGUGCCAGCAAUCUUGGUAAAUAUGAUGUUUUGUACAAAUUUACUCAAGAGUAUUUGAACUUCCUUAACAAGUCUUUGUCCAUAAAACUAAUAAGUACAGAUCAACAGAUAUUAUAUGGAAUGUAUGUGGACAAACAUAAACCAGAAACAAAGCUUCAACUUUAUAAAUCAGGUUGGUUUAAAUUGGGUUAUGUAUGUUAUACAGUUGAAAAGACACCAACCUGAUGUGUACAUACAUGUGUAUAAAAUAAUCUGAAGAUAUCAACAUCUUGUUCACACACACACACACGCACACAAUUUAUCUUCCACUUGGGGCAUAAAUCACCUUUGUUCAGCAUUCUUGUUUUUACAGCUUUGUUCUUUCACAUUUCCUCUCUGUCUCUCUAUCUCUGCACACACACACAUAUAUAUAUAUAUAUAUAUAUAUAUAUAUAUAUAUAUAUAAGCGUUGGGCCUCACUGAGGCAAAGUGGCUCAGUUCCUUUCGAGUGAUGGGUCUCACGGAGGCAAUGACUUUUGGCAUUAUGUUGUGCUUGAGAAGAAAACCCAUCAAGCCAAACAAAAUCGCAGUCAUGGCAGAUACUGGUGUCAUGCAAAUGGCACCCAUUACACUCUCGGAGUG